AUGCACCAGUUAACAUACUGCCAGAAGAAAGUUAUCAUUAGUGUUGUAGUGCUGACAACAGUAUCAUCCGUGGUUUUUGGUUUGAGGAUCUAUGCGAGGGCGUUCAAAUUGAAAAGAUUUGGACUCGAUGAUUGGUUUAUGACCGCGGCGUAUGUAUGGAUAUUAUUUUUUGAGGCGGCUAGUUUGGUACAAGUUUGCCUUGGGGCGGGGUUGCAUGAUGCGAAAAUCACACCGAUGAUGCUCAAUAAACUUCUGAAAGGGCUCUAUGCAUGCAACUUUAUAUAUGUUACUGCAAUGUGUCUCGUCAAAAUCAGUAUUCUAUCGUUCUAUCUCCUGAAAUCUGGGAAGAUAAACACCUUCUCGGUGAUCGAGUUGAAUGUUGCACUCAUAGCGGCGUCUAUGCCAGCAUUGAGAAUAGUCUUUGUAGAUGCGGUGCGUAGAAGGAUACCGUCCGAGGAAGCACCAAACACAGCGCCGCUUUUUAUAGAUCCUCCGAGUCGAAGACGGGGGACUAUCGAUAUUGAUCAGAUACUUGAAUCAGAUCCAGAGAAGAAUGACUUCGUCAGCUUUGCCGGGGUCAGGCCUUCAGAUGGUACCAGUCUGAAGAGUCAGGAAUGUAUUGUUGAAAGGAGUUGUGAUGUAGAUAAAAUAAGUGCUGAAUCUGUUGCGUGA